AUGUUGGGAUUUUUGAUGAUUCUAAUCAUUGAGCAGGUGGCCUUGACAUGCUCCAGUAAUGGUACGAAUUCUAAAACAUCACCAACAGGUGCUACUGCUCCACCAUCUUUGCGUUCUUUGUUAGAAGGUGAAUCAGAAGACGGUCAGCCACUUGUUGAUACUACUCUCGACGAUCACGAUGACGGCAUGCAGGAUAUAGUCUUUAGAUCGGCUUCGCCUGUUGAUCGCACUACUCUUCGAAUGCAUCACGCAUCGCCACCACAGGAAGGAAUAUCCGCGCGUACACUUUUCUUGCUUUUUGGACUGUCUACGCAUUCAUUGUUUGAAGGAGUAGCGUUAGGCGUUCAGGUAACACAAAAUUUAUAGGG